GUUAUUUACAAAGUUUCAUGUUUUAUUUAUUUAUCGAAUAAUAAAAUCAAAUAUUUAUAGACAAAUAUUAGAAAAACUGUUACCAACGGCAUUUUUUUCUUCUGAGAACUUACACAUAGCCUUAUGUAUAAAAACCAUAGUAAUUAUGGAAAUGGAAUUACUGUAUUAACGAAAGUAUAGACAAAAAAAUAUAAAUAUAUAUUUAUCAUGGCUAAAGUCGGUCGAGGUUUGCAAAUACCACUUUCAUGGAUUCCAGGACGUGAUGGGUUUUGUCCAGCUGGUGCAGUUUCUGUUGAUAACAUAUGUGUAGCACGAAGUAAACACAGUGGGGAAUUAUUGCCUGGAAAAUUAGUACCAAUGAAUGGAAAAUGUUAUUGUCCUUAUGGUGGAGCAGAAUUAGAGUCUUACGAUUAUGAAGUAUUGUGUGAAAGUUUUAUUCCUGGUUCUUGCAAAGGAUAUCGUUGGGAAAGAGCAUUUGACGGUGAUGUUCCAAAAAAUGCAAUUGUUGCUGGAAUAGCUAAAGAUGGUGAACCAUUGUACAUUGUAAAAGGUGUUGUGAAUGAUGAAACAUGUUUUGGAAAGCUACACGAAGGUCAUUCAUGUGCCUACUUACCAUGGGGUGGUAAGGAAUAUUCAGUCAAUGAAUAUGAUGUACUUGUGUGGCAGAAACAUUGAGAUUUAAAUUUUUAAAUACAGUUUUGUACCGGAGACAUCAUUAGCUUCAUACAUCAGAUGUUCUUUUCUUUUUUACCAUGCCAUUUUUUUUGUUUGCAGUUUUUGAAAAUGUAUGAAAAUAAUACAUCUUAACACAGUAUUAA